UCUUCCGUCGAUCCAAAAUGAACGUUGAGGAUGUCUUCAGGGCUCAGGCAAACGAAGGAAGAAACAAAACACAAAGUCGGAUCGGAAAAACAUUAGUCAGCGGCAGUUAUUUCCAGCACGCGAGCCGGUUGAUCUAGCCUACAAUAAUGAGGACGAACGGCAACAACCUCCGGUGGUCGUGUGAUUUCCGGUACCUUCUUAUUUUAGCUGCCCUGACCUUCAUUUACAUCCAGAUGCGGCUUUUUACUACACAGUCUGAACACGCUGAUCGACUUGCAGCUGCAAUAGAUGCAGAAAAGCACUGUACAAGUCAGACAAGAUCACUCAUUGACCAGAUUAGCCUGCAGCAAGGACGAAUUACUGUGCUUGAAGAGGAAAUGAAGCGCCAAAGAAAAGAGUGCCAGAACCUAAGAACUCUUGUUCAAGAUCUGGAGAGUACAGGCUUGCAGAAGUUUGUUAGCAGUAUCCAGGAUCCAGUGGCAGCUGUUGUUGUCAUGGCUUGUAGUCGUGCUGACUACCUCAAAAGGACUAUUCAGUCUAUUCUAAAACACCAGACUUCUGUUGCCUCGAAGUUUCCCCUAUUCGUAUCCCAGGAUGGUGCACAUCCUGAUGUUAAAAGGCUAGCUCUGAGCUAUAAUCAGUUGACAUAUAUGCAGCACUUGGAUUAUGAACCAGUGCAUACAGAAAGACCAGGGGAAAUUAUUGCAUAUUACAAGAUUGCACGUCAUUACAAAUGGGCAUUGGAUAAGCUGUUUUACAAGCACAAUUUUAGCCGUGUUCUCAUACUUGAAGAUGAUAUGGAAAUUGCCACUGAUUUUUUUGAUUAUUUUGAGGCUGGAGCUACUCUCCUAGACAGAGAUAAGUCAGUUAUGGCUAUUUCUUCAUGGAAUGACAACGGACAGAAGCAAUUUGUUAAAGAUCCUUAUGCGCUUUUCCGCUCAGACUUUUUUCCUGGUCUGGGGUGGAUGCUGUCGAAGUCUACAUGGGAUGAAUUAUCUCCAAAAUGGCCAAAUGCUUAUUGGGAUGAUUGGUUGAGACUAAAAGCGAAUCACAAAGGUCGUCAAUUCAUUCGCCCGGAGAUUUGCAGAACAUACAAUUUUGGGGAGCAUGGUUCUAGCAUGGGGCAGUUUUUCCAUCAAUAUCUUGCACCAAUUAAACUGAAUGAUAUCCAGGUUGACUGGAAGUCGAUGGAUUUGGGCUACCUCAUGGAGGAAAAUUAUCUGAAGCACUUUGCGGAAAUGGUUAAAAAAGCUAAAAUGAUAGAUGGGGCCGAUGUUGCUCUAAAAGCAAAUAAUAUGAGCGGUGAUGUGUGUAUUCAGUACAGAGAUCAACUACAUUUUGAAGAACUUGCACGCCAGUUUGGCAUUUUCGGAGAAUGGAAGGAUGGUGUUCCAAGAACGGCAUAUAAAGGAGUGGUAGUUUUUCGGUAUCAGGCCUCAAGACGUGUAUUCCUCAUAGGUCCCGAUUCUCUUCGACAGCUUGGGAUAGAACACAAUUAACUUUUCUGAUAUGCGAAUUUUAACAGGAUCAAUGUUUAACUAUGGGGUGUAAGCAAUAGAACCAACUGACAACACAAGGGGACAUUUUCAUGUUCAGUACUUCAGUUACACUAGGAGCUUCGUGAUCGGUGGUGCGAUGUGUUCCAGUGCAGCUCAGUUUUAAGACCUUGUAGGCAUAGAGCUCUGGUCCUUAGCGUUACUGUGAUGUGGUUUUACAUUUGAACUGCCAUUUGAGGCACAGGUAUUUUAGACACGUCACAUGGAUUGAACUGCGACCGUAUACUUAUAAGUUAUAAGUUUAUAAUCAGACUUCAACUUUCUACAAGUUCGUAAUUCUCAAUAGGACGCAAAUACAGACUACAGAAUAUGUUAUGUUUAGUGCCGGUUUGGAUGUUUGAUU